UUAAAAAGACAAGGUUUCUUCACUGCGGGAAUUUCUGACCUCAGAGAACAGUUGAGUAAUCUCCCCCUUAGCUGGUUAUAUUACUGUGAGUAUUACAGUGUUGGACCAGAUGCCAGGACUAAACCCUGAGGAGCACAUCAUGAAGUUGGACUUGGGUGCACAUCUGUUUUCUUUGGCGUUGCUGUUCAUCUUUCUGUCUUCAGUUUGCUGUCAGCAGCCUGUAAACUGCAGAUGGGGGCCUUUUGGAGAGUGGUCUGGGUGUGAUGGCUGUACCAGGACAAAGGUGCGGACUCGCCAUGUAGAAGUAUAUGCCCAGUUUGGAGGUGUGCCAUGUUCAGGAGAGGCUACACAAACGCAAACAUGUGUCCCACAGAAACGAUGUCCCCUGGAAACAGGUUGUGGAGACAGGUUCCGCUGCACCUCUGGUCAGUGUAUCAGCCAGUCUCUGAUGUGCAACGGAGACCAGGACUGUGAGGAUGGUCUGGAUGAGAGAAGCUGUGUUCAGGAUAGCAGACACUACUCAUGUGACCUUGACAAAACACCUCCCAACUCUGACUUUACAGGCAGAGGGUACGAUGUGCUGACGGGCCAACUGAGAUCGAGUGUGAUCAACACACUAAGCUUCGGAGGCCAGUGCAGGAAGGUGUUCAGCGGUGACCAUAAAAUCUAUUACAGGCUGCCACAGAGCAUCCUCAGGUACAACUUUGAGGUGAAAGUAGACAACGAAGAAAGCGAUGAGUCCUAUGAGAGCUCCUGGUCCUACACGCAGCACAUCCAGUCCAAUGCCUUGGUGGGACAUGAUCGUCGCACGUUCCAUAAAGAGCUCACUGACAACAAGGCCCACAGACUUAUAAUCCUGAAGAAUACGGUGGAGUUGGCCCAGUUCCAAAACUCUGCCCCUCAGUAUCUGCCUCUGGCCGAAGCCUUCUGGAAGGCUUUGUCCUCGCUUCCAUUGACAUAUGACUACUCUGUCUACCGCCAACUUCUUCAGAGAUUCGGCACACACUACCUCUCCGAAGGCUCGCUCGGAGGCGAAUAUCAAGCCCUGCUGGAGUUGGACCGUCAGGCGCUCUCGUCAACCAGUACCACGGACAUAGAGUACCAGAGGUGUUGGAGAAAGGUGAAACGUCGUUUAUUCAGGAAGAAAGUCAAGACCGUCUGUGAAAAACUGACAAAAUCCUUAUCAUCCAGCCAUGGACACAAUGUAAACAAGAUGCCCAUUAAAGUCAAUGUGUUUGGAGGAGAUUCAGCCUUUAUAGCUAGUCUGAGUGUUCUGGAUCUGGAAAACCCAGAAGCAAACGGAGAGAUCUAUGACAACUGGGCAUCGUCUGUCAAAGACUUCCCUGUGGUCAUAAACCAGAAGCUGCGUCCUCUGUAUGAGCUGGUGAAGGAAGUGGAGUGCGCAGGUUUGAAAAAGCUCCACUUGAAAAGAGCCACAGAGGAGUACCUGGCAGAGGAGCAUCCCUGUCACUGCCGACCCUGCCAGAACAACGGUCAGCCACUCCUGACAGGCUCCGAGUGCCGCUGUGUCUGCCGGCCAGGAACAUCAGGACACGCCUGCGAGAGGGGAGCUGUGAUUGGGGAACAACCAGGAGUGAUCCAUGGCAGCUGGAGCUGCUGGUCCUCCUGGGGAUCCUGCUCUGGAAGUCACAGGUCACGGACCAGGAGAUGUGACAACCCCGCCCCCAGCAGAGGUGGCCACUACUGCCCCGGACUGCAGGUGGAGCAGAAGCCUUGUGAGGAAGCAGACAUCCAGUACUUACAGAUGAUGGAGCCUCAGUGCUUCAGUCUCACUGUGACUCCACCUAAGACCUGUGGACCGCCUCCAAACCUCAGGAAUGGAUUUAUUCAGAAUCCUAGAGAUUUUUACCUAGUUGGAAAUACAGUGGAGUACUCCUGUAUAGAUGGGCAUUACCUCAGUGGAGAUGCUGUGGCUGCAUGCACAGAAAACCAGAGGUGGAGGACAGGAGCGAUGGUUUGUAAAAGUUCCACAUGUGGGAUACCUCCACUAAACAGUGAAGUUAUAGCCACUCCCACCAAAGCACUCUAUCAGAUUGGAGAGAGUGUGUCCUUGUCCUGUCCUGCAGGGUCAGUGCUGGAUGGAGAGGUGUCAGAGAUCAUGUGCAGUCCCAGUCUGCAGUGGUCUCCUUCUCCGGCCAGCUCUCAUUGUAAAGCAGCUCCCACAGCUCCUUCUCCUCCAUCAGGCCUGAAGUGUAAGAUAUGGGAGAACGUGGGACAAACUGAGUGUGUGUGUAAGAUGCCAUUUCAGUGCUCGACUUCCCUGCAGUUGUGUGCCAGGCUCAGCUCAAGUCAAACUCGUUUACUUGGAGUUUGUCAGCUGGGUGCUCUGCAGUGUAUGGGGCGGAGCUUCACUUUGGCCAGUGACAGCGAAUGUAAUUGGCCAGAGGAGACAUCCACAUCCUGCGAGGACUGCAAACCGGGGACAGUCUGUCAGGAAUCUACAGGAAAAUGCAUAUGUCAGAAGGUGUCAGACUGCCCGAAAGACUCCGCCCCCCUGUGCGUCAGCUCUGACGUUGGUAGCGUUGCCAGGACGAUGAGCCAAUGUGAGGCUGGGGCCAGAAGGUGUGCCGGGGAACAGCUCAACGUGAUCAGCAUUGAGGCUUGUCCAGAAUAAAGAUGGCUGUUGCUUUGUUUUACUGAGCUCUCUCACAAUGUGUGUAAAGGAGGAGCUAGUGUUUUCUCAGCAGCUGAACUGUAAAUAAAAACAAGUAGUUUUUCUAACAAUUGAAUGAUGUAAAUAUGUUCCUCUGCCAUCCUAUGGUGGUUUUUUUCUAUUUGUUAUGUUGGACAAGAUUUUGACAAAAUCUUAAAUAAAUGCCUUUUUUAUUGAUUGUUUUUGUUAUAGGAAGUUAAUAAAACACUUUUCAGAAUAUA